GUGGGUCCCGGUGGGCGCGAACCCACCAUGCAGCUGCAGUUCCGGAGCUGGAUGCUGGCUGCGCUCACGCUGCUCGUGGUCUUCCUCAUCUUCGCAGACAUCUCGGAGAUCGAAGAAGAAAUCGGGAAUUCUGGAGGCAGAGGUACAAUCAGAUCAGCUGUGAACAGCUUACAUAGCAAAUCUAAUAGAGCUGAAGUUGUAAUAAAUGGCUCCUCGUCCCCGGCUCUUGUUGACAGAAGUAAUGAAGGCUUUAAGCGCAACAUCCAACCAGCCUCGGCCAAGUGGAGACACAACCAAACGCUCUCUCUGAGGAUCAGGAAGCAAAUCUUAAAGUUCUUGGAUGCUGAAAAGGACAUUUCUGUCCUCAAGGGGACCCUGAAACCCGGAGAUAUUAUUCAUUACAUCUUCGACCGAGACAGCACAAUGAACGUGUCCCAGAACCUCUAUGAGCUCCUCCCCAGAACCUCUCCACUGAAGAACAAGCACUUCGGGACUUGUGCCAUCGUGGGCAACUCCGGGGUCUUGCUGAACAGCGGCUGCGGGCAGGAGAUUGACACACACAGCUUUGUCAUCAGGUGCAACCUGGCCCCGGUGCAGGAGUACGCCCGGGACGUGGGGCUCAAGACAGACCUGGUGACCAUGAACCCCUCUGUCAUCCAGCGGGCCUUCGAGGACUUGGUCAACGCCACGUGGCGGGAGAAGCUGCUGCAGCGGCUGCACAGCCUCAACGGCAGCAUCCUGUGGAUCCCCGCCUUCAUGGCCAGGGGCGGCAAGGAGCGGGUCGAGUGGGUCAACGAGCUCAUCCUGAAGCACCGCGUCAACGUGCGUACUGCAUACCCCUCUCUGCGCCUGCUGCACGCCGUCCGCGGAUACUGGCUGACUAACAAAGUUCACAUCAAAAGACCCACCACGGGCCUCUUGAUGUACACCCUGGCCACACGUUUCUGCAACCAGAUCUACCUCUAUGGCUUCUGGCCCUUUCCACUAGAUCAGAACCAGAACCCCGUCAAGUACCACUAUUACGACAGCCUCAAGUACGGCUACACUUCCCAGGCCGGUCCCCAUACCAUGCCCUUGGAGUUCAAGGCCCUGAAGAGCCUGCACGAGCAGGGGGCUUUGAAACUGACUGUCGGCCAGUGCGACGGGGCCACGUAAGCAUUAGGCAGAUAAGCCACAGGAAGAAGGUGUGGAGAACCCACCUGGAUCAGAUUGAGACUCAGAGCAUCUUUGGGGGCAGAAGGACUGGACAGGAAGAGAUGUCAGUCCCAUGACUGGAUGACACACUGCCUCCCAAGUUGGAGGGGUCUUUGGGCUCACGGAUGAUUGGAGAACCACUUGUUGGCCGCUGCCCCGAGCCUCUGAGAAAUGUGGAUUCUGGGUGAGCCAAGACCAGAGGGGACAACUUGACCCAAGUCUAAAAUGGUGCUGUUCCCAGGAAGAGGGAGGUUGGAACAUUCAGCCCAGCCAAGGAGCACAAGGUCACCAAAAGGAGCAGAGGCCACGUCAGAGCUGAGGACUCGGUUCCAUGAACUUAGAGUUGAACUGCCCACAGGACGAACCACAGUUGACCCACCUGUCCCAGACCAGCCUCCAUAGCUCUGGAGAGAAGGCUGGAGAAGACAGUGGACAGGUCCUAUUCUGGCUUUGCAAGAACCCCCAAGAACCUGGGACCGAGCAGGCAGAUGACACUAAAUUGCUAGGGUGUUCCAAAUCGUGUUUUCGAAAAAUCGCAGCUUCCUACUAAGAUUCAGCACUCCAGCCCCGAAUAAGGCAAAAGAGUGUCCAAAAUGUGGUGGCUGUUCUUUAAAGCCACUUGAGUUGUCAAGGAGGAAGGGACCCUGGGCUUUCAUCCUCAGGGUUAGCCUCCUUCCUGCUCUGUUAGAAUGUCACAGAAAGGACUGUGCUCUUCCCUUCUGCCUCCAGGGAAGCCGCCGCAAAAGCUUGAAAGGGCACCGCAAAGAUAAAUGUCAUCCCUUUAAAAUAUAGGUGAUUGCCUUCCCGGGUGCCUCGGGAGCCCCAGAGUGUGAGGCCCCAGAGUGUGGAAGAAUGUUAAGCAUCGAGCUCCAUUUCUCUACAGCCACUGUGUUUGCUUUCUGCA